AUUUAGUGAGCGCAUUUGACCUACAUUUGAAAACCGGCAGAAUUUUUAUUUUCUAAAUAUAUUAGCCCUUUUGGCUUUUGCAGCUUAGAAGACGAUGGAGAAUGAUAUUUUAGAUUCUCUUGAAGAUUUAGGGUACACAGGCCCCCUGAUUGAUGAAAACACAUUAUACAGUGCUGUAGAUGCUGGUGCGCCUACCCCAGAGUUCACCCACCUUGUAGCAUGGCUCUCCACUGAUCUCUGUGGGUUCUGCAAGAUUGAGGAAAAUGUUGGCGCUAUCACUAGUUCAGAUGAUUGUGGCAACUUUUUGCUUGAGUUGAGUGGAUUCCUUAGGGAAUUAGGCUGCCCAUACCCAGCUUUAUCAGAUGGACCCAUCAACCAAAGGCUGGAGUCAAAGGAGAAUAAACUACAACUUCUAGAUUACUUGUGCACUGAGCUGCAGGCGAUGCGUGUAGUUGCCACGAGCAAGCCAGAAAUGUUCACUAGCGCUAUGCAGGUAGAGGUACAGGCAGAAAGUGAUAUGGCCAACUACAUGAAGAAUAUGUUGAUGGCACUGGGCUUUCCUAAACCUCCGGCUUCAAUCACUUCAUUUCAGCUAUUCAGUAAAAUAGAAGCAAAGAUAAAAGAACUGCUCAACAAGCUUCCCGCAGAUCACCUUGGGAAACCUCUAUUGAAAGUGAGGCUCUCAGACAAACAAUGGGCAACACUGGAGGAGAUCAACUCUGCACUCCUUAAGGAGUAUGAAACUAGGAGAAGCAUGAUACUGAAACGUCUAGAUGUCACCAUACAGUCAUUCAAAUGGUCAGAUAAAGCAAAGCACAAGGAAGACCUGGUGGCUAGCAAAUAUCAACCUAUAAGAAAGUUAUUAACCUCAAAAUCAUCAGUGCAAGUUGGUGCAUUGCUCUCAGCAAGAGACGAUUUACUGAAGAUUGAAAAAACAAGCAAUGCUGAGAUUAGAGAGAGGACUAAAUGUGAAAUCAACAAGGUUCUAAUAGGAAGGGUCCCAGACAGAGGGGGUAGGACACUAGAAAUGGAAGCCCCACCCCCAGAGAUGCCGUCUUUCAUGAAACGCAGUGACGCACCUAGAGGUGGUGGCAGAGGAGGCCGAGGUGGUGGACGAGGUGGAGAAGGAGGUGGAUAUAGAGGAGGCGGUCGGGGAGACCAACAAGGAGGAGGAGGUCGAGGGGGGCGAGUCCAGGGAGGGUGGGGAGGUGAUAGGCCUCAGAGUGGUGGUGGAGGUUGGGGUGGUGGUGGAAAUGACCAACAGCAACAAGGAGGGGGAGCUGGACUUGCCUUCUUUGGAGGUGGGGGUGGCGGAGGUGGAGGAGGAGGUUACCCAGGAGGGGGAGGAGGAGGGGGUCCUCGUGGGGGAGGUGGGAGAGGAAGAGGUGGGGGAAGAGGAGGUAGGGGUGGCAGAGGACGACAAUAUUAG